AUGUCAGCCACCGACGCUCAGGCGAAGGAUGUCAACCGGUCCUAUGACCAGAUCAUUCUCUUCGGAGACUCAAUCACGGAAAUGUCCUGGGACCAAGGCCUUGGAUUUGGAUAUGGCGCUGCCCUUUCAGAUGCGUAUCGCCGCAAGUUGGAUGUGGUCAAUCGCGGGUUUGGAGGCUAUACCACGGCGCACGCCAUCAAAAUAGUUCAUGAGAUUGUGCCAUCGCCAGAUGUUGCCAAAGUCCGGCUCAUGACCGUAUUCUUCGGCGCCAAUGACGCUUGUGUGCCGAGUCAUGUGCAGCAUGUUCCUCUUGAAAUCUACAAGGAGAACCUGCAAAAUAUCAUUCAACACCCUGCCACUCGCGCCCAGAAUCCCCGGCUCGUCAUCAUCACACCUCCACCGGUAGACGAGUAUCAAUUGGAGGGCUUUGACAAAUCCAAAGAUACAGUUUAUCCCAGUCGGACUGCGCAGCGGGCAAAGGAAUAUGCGGAAGCUGCCAAGGAGGUGGGAGCUUCACUCAAGAUCCCCGUGGCCGAUAUAUGGACUGCGUUUAUGGCGGCAGUCGGAUGGCAAGAAGGGCAAGCUCUGAUCGGCUCGCGCGAUACUCCCAUGAACAGCAAAUUUGGUAGUCUUUUCACAGAUGGUCUGCAUCUGACGGCUGCCGGUUAUCGCCUCGUUUAUGACGAGGUCCGCAAGACCAUUCGCGCUCACUAUCCUGACCAGGACUCGGAUGCUCUCCCCAUGCUCUUCCCCGCCUGGGGUGAAGCUCCCCGCUGA